AUGCCAACUUCCAAUAUUCCAAGAUCUAGGUAUCGAAGAACUGUACCAUUAUGGGAACGUAUUAAAAGUUGGCCAGGUGACAAACUUACUGAAAUUCAAGAAAAUUGGGCACUAAAAGAUUGGGAUGCCAUUGAACAUUCCCUUAGUUGGCCAGUUUCGAUAUGCUUAAAUGGAAUGUCAGUAUUUCUUAGACUUGGUUCAGGGUUUGAUGAUACUACCAAAUAUGAUCCCAGUUUUCAACCUACACGUUCUUCAUUGUUCUUUAAAUUACAAUAUUUCGAAUACUCUUUACUCUUAAUAAGUAUUAUAAAUGCGAUGUAUGUAUAUAUGAGCGCAAAAAAAUAUCAUAUGUUUGAACACGAUAUUAAAAACCGACCAAACAGUUCUAAUGUACAUUUACAAGAAUUAGGCGGAAUUCCUCCUCCCUGGGCGACUGGAUUCUUAGGAAAUAUGAUAUAUUCAUUUUAUCGUAAAUUUUUCUCAAUUUCAUACCCGCAAGAUGAACGUCAAUAUGUUUGGGUAUUAACAAUGUGGAAACCUCCAGUUUUUUUUCUAGAUGUUUUUUGUUAUUACUCUCCAGCACAAGUUUUAGUGAUCCAUUAUCUUAAUCUCUCAAUUUUAGUUAGAUCAUUUCAAUCAUUAAUUAAAGAUAAACAGGCAAUUUUUGGUGAAGUUUAUAAUGAAUAUAAUAUGAAAUUAGUUCAUCCACAUUUAUUCGUUCGUAGAUAUGAAGUUUCUACUCAAACCGAUCCUGUUUCUAAUUGGGAGUUAAAAAAAAAUUAUUGA